GAUCCUUUAUUGCUUUAUUGACAUUUUCUUCUUUGUUUUCAUUCGAAGUUUACAUCGUCCUGUGGCAAAUACCACAAAUUACGAUUUAAUUUGUAUGAUUUAAUAAAUAUAAGUUAAAACAGAGCAAAGGAAUUAUGAAAAACUCAACGUUACACACUAUGGAGACUGAAUUAUUGACCCGCCUACCAGUACCCGAGAUACGGGAAGAAACAUUCCAGCAUUCCUACAAACAGUCACAUCGACGUGAAGAUAUCAGUUGCCUGAAACCACCAAAAUUGAAACCACGUUACGAUUCCAAUUUUAAUCGCGACCACACAGCCCACGCCAUCUCAUUUCGUUUAGAUGAUGAAUGUGCUCCCGAUCAUUUGCUAAGCUCAAAUUAUGAUUGCUCCUCGAAUGAGACGUACUUUGAACAGUGUUUUACACGGUUGGCCAAAAUCGGCGAAGGUUCCUUUGGUGAGGUGUUUAAAGUGCGUUCCAAAGAGGAUGGUCUCUUGUAUGCCAUCAAAAUGUCGAAACAGAUAUUUCGUAGUGAAUUGUACAGGCAAGAGCGUCUGGAGGAGGUACGGCGUUAUGAGCAGUUUUCGGGUCAUGCCAAUUGCCUGAGAUUCUAUCGUGCCUGGGAACAAGACGAUCGCCUGUUCAUGCAGAUGGAGUUGUGUCGCGAGAGUUUAGACUGUUAUUUAGCACGCAAACGUGCUGUACCGGAAGAGAAAAUCUGGUCAAUUUUAUUGGAUUUAUUGCUGGCGCUGAAAAGUCUACACGAUCGCAAUCUCAUACACCUGGACAUUAAACUGGAUAAUGUGCUGAUAGGCGACGAUGAUAGCUGCAAAUUGGCCGAUUUUGGUCUGGUCAUUGAUGUCGAUCGGGCCAAUCGCCAUCAGGCCACCGAAGGCGAUUCCCGCUACGUGGCGCCAGAAAUAAUGCAGGGCAAUUUUUCAAAGGCUGCCGAUAUUUUUAGUUUGGGCAUUGCGAUGCUGGAGUUAUCAUGCUAUUUGGAGUUACCAUCCAAUGGUCCAUUGUGGCAGCAAUUGCGAAAUGCUGUACUGCCAGAGGACUUUAUCAAAACAAUAUCGCUGGACUUGCAAAAUAUUAUAAAGGAUAUGAUGACUCCCGAUCCCAGGGAAAGACCAACCGUUGAUCAGCUACUAAGCCAUAAGAAAUUGGUGACAAUGCUACAGCGUAGAAGUCAUUGGGAGUUGCUGCAUAAAGUGAAACAUACUAUUUGCAAAUCUCGACGCAUGGCCUGGUCAAAAUUGUGCAAUCUUAAAAAUAUAGUAGUGAAAUUCUUCUCAUCUAUACUCACAAUUUUGGGCAUGCAAGAAUCUCAAACAGAUCCAGCUACAGAAGAAGAAACGGACCUUUUAAAGACGGCAGAAAAGAAAAGACCAAUAUAUAUCCGUUCUCAACUAAUAUCGUCCACGCCAACGGCUGCUAUAUCAAAGGCUAAGGCGCGCAUAGAUUUUCAAUUCGAUACUGAUUGUAUGGAAUUGGCACAACAACAUUCCACGCCGUAUCAUGUGAAAAACAAUAAAAUUGUUAAUUCCACACCGGUCAAUCAUAAUCAUGGCAGUGGUUUUCGCUCAAGAAAAGAUUUAACAAAAACCAGCUUUAGUGAUAACAAUGAUGAUUCUCCUUUGGAUAAAUCAGCAUUUGCUUACAUCGACGAUUGUGAUUCCGAUUCUCAUUUAAGUGUGCGCAAAUCAUUAGAUAUUUCUUCUUUAAGAGGAAAGAAACUAUUUGGUAAAUCUGAUGAAGAUACUGACUAAAAUGUCUAAAUUUCCUAAAAUUUGUUCCUAGUAUGC